UUGUGCAAAGUGUUAAACGGUUCGGGCAACGGUGUUAGAACAUUUGGAAAGUGCGGCGGGGGUGAUAAACAGGCGUACCGUAAUUAAGUUAACGAGAACCGGCCUGCCAGCUCAGAUGCAUCACGGGCGGUACUACCGGUGCGAUGAUCUACCGGAUCUUCUCUGACGUGCGCUUAGUGCUAGUAUACCCCGCGACCCGCUCGAUGUGGUCGAGGACAGCGAUGCCAAACAAUUGAUGUGAUGUUCCCAGGGGUCUGAGGUUAGGCGGUUAUUUAAACGGUGGGUUUCGAGCCACUGCUCGGUUCAGUUGAUAGGAAGACCACGCCAGCUGCUAGUAGUGCGAGCGUGCUAAUAGCGUUUAGUGACCCGAAGGUAGCCAUUGGUUGUUCAAAAUAAUUUAAGAGCAGACAAACUUUUGUGAACCCCAAAAUGGAGUCAAAACAGUGUUUGCUGCUGGUGACGGUUAUGGUGGUCCUUGCGGUCUGUGGAACCGGUUCCGUUAACGGUGCCGCGCUCGGUCGGGCUCCGCGACAACUGAGCAGUCUUCUAACACUGAGCGGAGAAUCGAACGCUAGAAUAGAAAAUGGCACCAUCAUCUGCGACACGCUCAAGUGCCCGCCGGAGUCGUUCAAGUGUGUGAUCGUCAAGAACUCGACCAAGGACGACGUGAACAAGAUCCAAGUGACGCGCGAAUGCCUGGAUCCGGCCGGUAAGGCGACGGCGACGACACUUACCACCGAAACGUCCAGCUCCCCGGGUCAGCAGUUCGAGAGCUACGCCGAAAUCGAUAAGAAUGGCAACAUUGCAUCGUUCGACAACCGCGGCAACACGUACAACCACUCGGGCAGUGGUGACAUUCACUCCUAUCUCUACGAACAGAUAGAGGACCUCCACAAGGCAAUACUCGAUCAGCUGACCAACGCUGGUAAUCCGUUCACGGCUACAUAAGGUCUUCGGCUCACAAGGUCCGUAGGUGAACCGUAACAGAGGAGGUCAACAAUAAAGGCCCACAGUUUGGUAGUG